UCUAUUUUUCUCGCUUAUUCGCCGUAGUUAUAACAAUUAAGCGAAUUUGCCGGGUUGUUGCAAAACAGCUGAAUAUGACAUUUCAAAAUAGCUCAUUUCUUUAAAAUGUGUUUACAUUUAUGAAAUAUUGUAAAAGGACUCAGUAAUUAAUAAUGAAGUUUAAUUUGGAUCAGAAUCUAACCGUGUUACCUCUACACAUAAUUGAAGAAUUCACAUUUCAGAAAUGCUUGCUGCCCAAAAAAUUGUUUAUGAAAUACGGCUUACAUACAGGCGCUUGGAUGAAAUGCUCGGUGGAAGGAACUAGCUUCCACACCAGCUUUUUUCUAUGUCAAGUUUAUCCUCGAGAUAUUAAUGUAAAUUGUUGUUAUUUAGACUAUGGUGUUGGCACUGCAUCUCUUUUAGAAAAGGGAUGCAUGUUAUGCAGCCUAGAAACAAUAGACUUUCAAGAAACAGAUAUAGAACAGGUUACUAUAACGUUGGAAAUCAAAGAAAGCUUCUUCAAAAGUCGACUUCGCAAGUUAUCUACAAGCAUGCUGACUAUCGCCAUGAAGCAGAUAUUAACACCACUUAAUUUGUUUGUAGGGAGCGUUGUGCGCACUAAAAUUUGUGAAAAUUUUGGAAUAUCUGCUAUCUAUAUUGACUCAUGUAUAAAUGCAAAUGAAAACACAAUUUUCCAAUUGAAUAGUCAAACAAAGUUGUGUUUUAACAACAUAUAUAUGGGUGGCAAAUCGAAUGCAUCGGUGGUAAUGCCAUUUUUCGAACAUGGCUACGAAGGCGUUUGGAAAGAAAUUGAAGAUUUAUUGUGUAAUAGCAGGCUACGUAGUACGCAAAUCGAAUCUAAUAGUAUACGCCCGCAUCUAAACGCCCUACUUAUCGGUCCACCAGGUUGUGGCAAAACAGCCAUACUGAAUGCAUUUGUCGAGAAGCAUAAAUGCAAUUGUUUCUAUAUUUCCACGGAAAAUAUUUUACAAGAGUAUCCUGGUGAUGCCGAAGCACAAUUGCGUAAAGGAUUCGAAACUGCUUUAUAUUUAACUACAAAACUGAAAUCUAAAAAUCCUACCGUAAUUAUCUUCGAAAAUAUUAACUUGUUAUGUCCCGUCUCGAAUAAUGCAUCCACCAAAGAUACAAGCAACUCAAAUCUUAUAUGCGUACAAUUGGUUAAGCUACUUGACGAGCUUCAUAAUUCGAAUGCUAAUAUAUUAUGUAUAGCGACUACAUCAAAUCCAAGUACCAUAAAUGCCAGCGUACGUCGACCUGGACGCUUCCAACAUGAAAUCAUCAUUGAUUGGCCAAAUGAACAGACACGCAAAAGUUUAUUUAAUGCAAUGUUCGAGUUCAGUCAAUCAAAACCAUUUCUGAAGCCAAAGAAACUUGACGUGGAACUACUCGACUUAGUCGGCAAAAGUACACAAGGCUUCGUCGCAGGAGAUCUGGCGCUAUUGGUACAAAAUGUAGAACAAAAUCAAGUAAAGCAAGGAAAAGAAUACGACAUUGCACAUUUCGUAAAGUCGGCACUAAAAAGCGUAAGACCUGCUGCGAUGCACACGGCCGAUGUUAGAGUAUAUAAAUUUUUGGACGGUUUCGAAACUAUCGGUGGUAUGGAUAAGCUUAAACGUACGUUGGAAGUUAGUAUUUUGGCAGGUCUGCGUAAGCAAGAAAAGUUUAGAAAAUUCGGUCUAAAAUUACCAAAAGGCUUACUGCUAUAUGGCCCUCCGGGUUGUGCGAAAACGACUUUUGCGAAAUGUCUGGCCAAAGAAGCGGACAUGACGUUUAUUUCCAUAGCAAGCGCAGAUGUUUACUCGCCUUACGUUGGUGCAGCAGAAAAGUUUAUUGUACGAAUUUUCGAUACCGCACGAAAAAAUGCACCUUGUUUAAUAUUUUUUGAUGAAAUCGAUACGCUGGCCGGUCGACGUCCCAUUAGUUCAAAUAGCUCAAGUGAUGUACAGGUACGUAUACUCUCAACUCUAUUGACUGAAAUGGAUGGUGUUAUAGACGAUUCGGAUGAGAAUAGCCAGCAAAUACUCGUCGUCGCAGCUAGUAAUCGGCCAGAUAUGAUUGAUGACGCCCUAUUGCGGCCUGGCCGUUUAAGUAAACAUAUAUAUGUGCCAGCACCCGAUUUACAGUCGCGUAUAUCCAUUUUACAGUUAAUUGCCAAACGUAUGCCUUUUUCAGAAGAUGUUAAUGUAAUUAAAAUUGCCGAAGGCACAAAGCUUUACACAGGCGCCGAUAUGUGUAAUCUUUGUAAUGAGGCUGCAUUGUUAGCUUUUGAAAGAUUGAGUGCGGAAAGUAGUGUAGAGGAUUAUAAAAUUAACGCGAAAGAAUUCGAUUUCGCUUUAAAAAAUUCGAAAUCGUCACUCUCGAUAAAUCAACUGAGCUUGUAUGCGAAUUUUCAAAAAAAAAGUGAGACUAAAUAAUGAGAAUAGCUGAAUAUGUUGUAAUUGAAUUGCUUUAACAAACAUGUAUGUAAAUACUUUUAUAUUGGUAUUUAAAAUAAAUGCUUGAAAGUGGGAGUUGUUCACUUCGUCUUCCACGUUAAUUAAUAAA